AUGGCAACGCAGGUGGAUGAAUCUAUCGUCAAACCUGACCCAAAAGUGGUGGGGAAUGCCUUUGCAGAGCAGUACUACAACACUUUAUCCAAGUCUCCAGAGCUGCUUCAUAACUUUUACAAUGACGCAAGCCUGAUUGGCAGGCCAGGCUCAGAUGGUUCGGUGUCUCCUAUUUCAACUUUAGAGGAGAUUAAAAAAUUGAUCCUUUCUCUUGAUUAUAAGAAUUGUGUAGUCGAGAUACAGACUGUUGAUUCUCAGGAAUCUUAUAAGAAUGGGGUAAUUGUGUUGGUUACUGGUUUCUUUGCUGGAAUGGACAGCUCUAGACAAAAAUUUACGCAAGCAUUCUUCUUGGUCCCACAAGAUGAUGGGAGAAGAUACUUUGUUUUGAAUGAUAUUUUUAGAUAUGUGGAAGAAUCCGAGAAUAAGAAAAUUAAUGAUGCAGACAAUAUUGUUCCAACUACAUCUGUUACCCCAUGUCCUGAGCCAACCUCUGCUCCUAAUCAUUCCUCUGUCUCUGCCAAUGUGUCUACUACUUCGGAGGAUGGUGGUGAUCAAGCCAAAGAAUCUGGUCAUCCCUUGGACAAUGGGGAGAUUCCCACUUCUGAGAAAGAGAUUGUUGUUGAGAGAGAGGUUGUUAUUGAGGAGGAGGUUGUUACCACUCAGAAUGAUGCUGACCCAGUUUCUGAGGCGGUUGUUAGUGUCCAGGAGGAUGCCCCCAAGAAGUCUUAUGCAUCAGUGGUCAAUGCAUUGAAUUUCAAAACGCAACCAUUUCAACAGAGGGUUUCACCUGUGAAACCUGUGAAACAGUCACGUAUAGCUGUACCACCUGUGGCUUCUUCUCGCCAAACAGGUUCUCCUCGCCCUCACAGCAAUAAGGUUGUGGAAAUGAACAACAAUGCUGCAGUUGAGGGUUACUCCAUAUUUGUCGCAAAUUUGCCUAUGGAUGCUACUGUUGACCAGCUUGUACAGACUUUUACAAGAUUUGGGGUCAUUAAACCUAAUGGUGUGCAAGUCAGAAGUUAUAAGCAAGAUAAGAACUGUUUUGGCUUCGUGGAAUUUGAAUCAGCUGAUUCUGUGGAGAAGGCCGUUGAGGUCUCUACUGUUACAAUUGGCACUCGAACAGCACAUAUUGAGAGAAAGAAUGCCAAAAAUGGUGGUGAAAAGCACCCUGCAAGAAAGGGUGGUUUUAGGAAUGAUAAUUUUAGGAGCCGUGGAAACUUAAAUGGAGGCCGUGGCUAUGGCAGAAAUGAUUUUGAGAAUCAGGGUGCAGUCUCUGGUCAAGCUCGAGGCACCACUGGACGCAAUGGAGAAGCUAACAAGAAAGUUUAUCAGAAUGGGGGAGCUAGAGGUCCCCGUCAAGCUCAAGCUGGAAAGAACUAG